UAAGGAGGAUCAGGAGCUAAAAGCAAAUCCACUUUUCCAUCCUUCCAAGUUCCAGGGAGAAUCAGCCGUACGGAAUUGCUAUAAAGCCGGUGUGGACUUGAUAAAUGUGGGAUGUCAGAUUGGCCAGGGUUCUUUUGUUCUGUUAAGGUCUCUGAAGGUUUAAGAUUCAUUUUUCCAUUGGAAUAUUAUAAAGGGUCAUGAGUCAAAUUGAUGCUCCCCGGCCUCUGAACUGGACCAUUCGAAAGCUGUGCCAUGCUGCCUUUCUCCCUUCUGUCAGACUUCUUAAGGCUCAGAAAUCAUGGAUCGAAAGAGUAUUUCACAAGAGAGAGUGUGUACAUAUCAUACCCAGCACCAAAGACCCCCAUAGGUGUUGCUGUGGGCGUCUCAUAGGACAGCAUGUUGGAUUGACGCCAAGUAUCUCUGUAAUUCAAAAUGAGAAGAAUGAAGGCAGAUUGAAUCGCAAUGAAGUUCAGUCUGAAAAGUGGUCAGUCGGCAAACACACACAGCUCAGCCCAACUGAUGCCUUUGGAACGAUUGAAUUUCAAGGAGGGGGUCACUCUAAUAAAGCCAUGUAUGUACGAGUAUCAUUUGACACAAAGCCUGACCUACUUCUGCACCUCAUGACAAAAGAGUGGCAACUAGAACUUCCCAAACUCCUCAUUUCUGUCCAUGGAGGACUCCAAAACUUUGAGCUUCAGCCAAAACUUAAACAGGUCUUUGGGAAAGGCCUUAUCAAAGCUGCCAUGACAACAGGGGCCUGGAUAUUCACUGGAGGAGUUAAUACAGGAGUUAUUCGACAUGUGGGAGAUGCUUUAAAAGACCAUGCUUCAAAGUCAAGAGGAAAAAUAUGCACCAUUGGGAUUGCACCUUGGGGAAUCGUAGAAAAUCAGGAGGACCUUAUUGGUAAAGAUGUGGUUCGUCCUUACCAAACGAUGUCUAACCCCAUGAGCAAGCUGACCGUUCUCAACAGCAUGCACUCACAUUUUAUUCUAGCUGACAAUGGAACCACCGGAAAAUAUGGUGCAGAAGUUAAAUUACGCAGACAACUGGAGAAACACAUAUCCCUCCAAAAAAUUAAUACAAGAAUUGGACAAGGAGUUCCUGUUGUUGCUCUUAUUGUGGAAGGUGGCCCCAAUGUGAUAUCUAUAGUUCUGGAGUACUUACGUGACAGUCCACCAGUUCCUGUUGUGGUCUGUGAUGGAAGCGGACGUGCAUCUGACAUUCUUGCCUUUGGUCACAAAUAUUCAGAAGAAGGAGGCCUUAUCAAUGAAUCUUUAAGGGACCAACUACUUGUUACAAUUCAGAAGACGUUUACAUAUUCUCGAACCCAAGCACAGCAUCUUUUCAUGAUCUUAAUGGAAUGUAUGAAGAAAAAAGAACUGAUUACUGUAUUCCGGAUGGGAUCAGAAGGCCAUCAAGAUAUUGAUUUAGCUAUUCUGACUGCCCUUCUAAAAGGUGCCAAUGCCUCUGCCCCAGACCAGCUAAGUCUCGCAUUAGCCUGGAACAGAGUGGAUAUUGCUCGAAGCCAGAUUUUUAUUUAUGGACAACAGUGGCCGGUGGGCUCCCUUGAGCAAGCUAUGCUGGAUGCACUGGUGCUGGACAGAGUCGAUUUUGUGAAAUUACUUAUAGAGAAUGGAGUAAGCAUGCAUCGGUUUCUCACCCUUUCAAGACUUGAAGAACUAUACAAUACGAGACACGGGCCUUCAAACACCUUAUACCAUUUGGUCAGGGAUGUAAAAAAGCGAGAAUAUCCAGGUUUCGGUUGGAUCUAUUUUAAGGGAAAUCUACCUCCAGAUUACAGGAUAAGCCUAAUUGAUAUUGGACUUGUAAUUGAGUACCUGAUGGGAGGUGCCUAUCGUUGUAACUAUACAAGAAAAAGAUUCCGUACUCUAUACCACAAUUUGUUUGGACCAAAAAGGCCAAAAGCAUUGAAACUACUAGGUAUGGAGGAUGACAUUCCAAUGCGAAGAGGAAGAAAUACAACAAAGAAAAGAGAAGAGGAGGUGGACAUUGAUUUAGAUGACCCAGAAAUUAAUCACUUUCUAUUCCCUUUCCAUGAACUCAUGGUGUGGGCUGUACUUAUGAAGCGUCAAAAGAUGGCUUUGUUCUUCUGGCAGCACGGAGAAGAAGCAAUGGCCAAGGCUCUUGUAGCCUGCAAACUUUGUAAAGCUAUGGCACAUGAGGCCUCAGAGAAUGACAUGGUGGAUGACAUCUCACAGGAGUUGAAUCACAAUUCCAGAGAAUUUGGACAGCUGGCAGUAGAGCUAUUGGACCAGUCAUACAAGCAAGACGAGCAGCUGGCUAUGAAGCUGUUGACCUAUGAGCUGAAGAACUGGAGCAAUGCCACAUGCCUGCAGCUUGCAGUUGCAGCCAAGCACCGAGACUUCAUUGCUCACACAUGUAGCCAAAUGCUCUUGACAGAUAUGUGGAUGGGCAGGCUCCGGAUGCGCAAAAACUCAGGUCUCAAGGUGAUACUAGGGAUUUUACUUCCUCCAUCAAUUCUUAGCCUGGAAUUCAAAAACAAAGACGAGAUGCCAUAUAUGUCACAGGCAAAUGAGAUGGACCUGCAAGAGAAGGAGGUAGAAGAACCAGACAAGACUGUAAAAGAUAAAGAAGAUGAUGAUAUGGAGUUGACGGCUAUGCUGGCAAGAGGAAAUGGGGAUUCAUCCAGAAAGAAAGAUGAUGAUGAUCACUCAAGACAUCGACUAAUUCCAUUUGGAAGAAAAAUAUAUGAGUUUUACAACGCACCCAUAGUUAAAUUCUGGUUUUACACUAUGGCCUACAUGGGCUACCUUAUGCUGUUCAACUACAUUGUAUUAGUGAAAAUGGACCGUUGGCCCUCCAUGCAGGAAUGGAUUGUUAUAUCAUAUAUUUUUACCCUGGGAAUAGAAAAGAUGAGAGAGAUCUUGAUGUCGGAGCCAGGAAAACUGCUACAGAAGUUUAAAGUAUGGCUGCAGGAGUAUUGGAAUGUAACGGAUCUCAUCUCCAUAAUCCUUUUUUCAUUUGGAAUGAUACUUCGCUUACAGGAACAGCCAAUCAGCAGCUAUGGGCGAGUUGUAUAUUGUGUGAACAUUAUCUACUGGUAUAUUCGUUUGCUUGACAUCUUUGGUGUAAACAAAUACCUUGGGCCAUACGUCAUGAUGAUUGGCAAGAUGAUGAUCGACAUGAUGUAUUUUGUCAUCAUAAUGUUAGUGGUUUUGAUGAGUUUCGGUGUGGCAAGACAAUCCAUCUUGUUCCCCAGUGAGGAGGCAUCAUGGAAGCUGGCUAAGAAUAUUUUUUACAUGCCAUAUUGGAUGAUCUAUGGGGAAGUCUUUGCAGACCAGAUAGACCCGCCCUGUGGAUAUAAUGAGACGAGAGAAGAUGGGAAGGUCAUCCAGCUUCCUCCCUGUAAGACAGGAGCAUGGAUUGUUCCAGCUAUCAUGGCCUGCUAUUUAUUGGUUGCAAAUAUUCUUCUUGUAAACCUACUUAUAGCUGUAUUUAACAAUACAUUCUUUGAAGUCAAGUCAAUAUCAAACCAAGUUUGGAAGUUCCAACGUUAUCAGCUUAUAAUGACGUUCCAUGAAAGACCAGUCCUUCCACCACCUCUGAUUAUUUUCAGUCAUUUCACCAUGAUAUGUAAACAUCUUUGCUGUCGCUGGAGGAAGCAGGAAAGUGACCAAGAGGAACGAGAUUAUGGACUAAAAUUAUUUAUAACGGAGGAUGAACUUAAAAAAGUGCACGAUUUUGAAGAACAAUGCAUUGAAGAAUAUUUCAGAGAAAAGGACGACAGGUUUAAUUCUUCAAAUGAUGAAAGAAUUCGCGUCACUGCAGAAAGAGUGGAGAACAUGUCGAUGCGUCUGGAGGAAGUGAAUGAACGGGAGCAUUUUAUGAAGGCGUCUCUUCAGACUGUUGAUAUCAGACUUGCUCAGUUAGAGGAAAUGCUUGGAAGAAUGGCUACAGCAAUGGAACGACUCACUGGGGUUGAAAAAGGUGAAACAAAUAAAGCAAGAUCUCGAACCUCUUCAGACUGCACAGAUGCAGCAUAUAUAAUAAGACAGAGCAGUUUCAACAGUCAAGAAGGGAACGCCUACAAGUUGCAUGAAAUUAUAGAUCCUGUAGGAGAAGAGCCAUUGUCUCCUACCUCUCCCACCAUUAUGCCCCGAAUGAGAAGUCAAUCUUUUUACGCAACAAAUUUAAAAGACAAAAGUGGGCUUGAAAAAAUGGAAGGUUUUUUUAAGGAGAGGACCUUAAGUCUUCAUCGAGCUAUAAGUUCUCAUUCAAUAUCAAAAGAUACAAAGCCUCCUUCUUCCCCAUUAAACUCUUUGUCUGUUGCCCCAGAUUCAAGAAGGCCUUCAUCUUGCAUAGAUAUAUAUGUUUCAGCAAUGGAUGAGGCACACUUUGGUCUGGACUGUGGAGAGAACUCAAUGAAUAUAGGCUGUACAGCAGAUAACAUGGCUGAUAUCUCUAUGGCUGGCAAAGGAUGUGGUUCUUCCACUCACUGUGGGAGCAGCUGCAGUAGGAAUCCUAGUUAUGAGGAAACCACAUCUAUGGAUGCAAGUAUAUAUCCUACAGAAAUAUCAAACAUUCCAAGUGGCCAAAAUCCAUGGGAUACCGAUCCUAUUCUUGGUCAUACAUUAGAGCGCUCUAAAAGUAGUCGCUAUCUUGCCACUGCUCCAUUUAUCUUAGAAGAAACACCCAUAGUAAAAUCCCAGAGUUUUAUGUUUACCCCUUCGAGAAGUUAUUACAACAAUCUUUGUGUACCUGUAAAGACAGCAGAAUACACAAGUAUAACAGACUGUAUAGACACAAGGUGUGUCAGCAAUACCCCGCAGGCCACAGCAGAAAGGUCUACAUCUCCAGGAUGUGUUCGAGAAAAAGUAGAAGAUUUAAGUUGUUCUCACCCAGAAAGAGAAGCUGAGCUUAGUCACACAAGCUCAGAUAAUGAAGACCAUGAAACAGAAGGGAAAAAGACUUGCACAGUGUCCACUUUAUCUGCCCAAGAUGGUUCAUUCUCCAGGACACUGUCUAAUAAUAUACCUUUUCCAAAAAUAGAACGGGCAAAUAGUUAUUCUGCAGAGGAACCAAAUGUUAUGUAUGCAUAUACCAAGAAAAGUUAUUCAAUAAGUGACAAACUUGAUAGGCAGCGGAAUGCUGCAAGCCUUAGAAAUUCAUUCCAAAGGAGUAAGUCAUCCAAACCAGAAAGUAGAGGAGACAACCUAUCACAGAGAAGACUAUCAAGAACAGGGGCCUUCCGUAGCUUUGAAAGCAAGCAUAGCUAGAUCUAGAACAAUUUGAUAAGUGUAAUAAGGAUGAUCUAUUACACAUACCUACCCCCAAAAUUUUCUAUACAAAUAAAAUAACCUCACAAAGUGGAACAUUGAAAAAGGGCCAUUGUUCAAGCAGUCACAUUGUAACAACCUUGCUGGUCUUACAUUUUGUUGCAUUGAGACAUUGUUUUAUGAUGAAAGAUGUGCAUUUUUAUUCAUACAAAGAAUAACUAAUAUUCCCAUGAGAGUAAAACUUUAAUGCACCGGACGGCAUAUUUUUUUAAAUUGUGUGGGUUAAUUUAACAAUUUGCACGACAUCAAGAACAUCUUACAAUUAUACACCCAUGUUUACUCUGUUCCAAGAAGCCUCUGUUAUGCUCUUUAAUGUGUUCCACAACAAGAAGUCUCAGGUCUGGAAAUCUCUUAUGCCAACAAUAUUUUGAACGACCAUUUUUAAUUAGAAAGCAAGACAGUAUAUUAAUGGUAUGAUGACUGACC